ACAGACCCUCUACUGUUAAUAAUCUUUUAUGCCAUUGCUCAUCUCUUUGCUGCAGAUUGGGGCAAGAAGACCAAGAUUUUCUGGUCUUGGAUUCAGUAAUUCUCUCAGUUUGGACUCUUCACCUGUUGUCUGUUCUGUUUUACAGCAUUUGAAUGGGUCCUCUGUUUUCCCUCGUGAAUGUGUGGUCUAUAAAGGGAAGAGGAACUACUGUGGCCACGUCUCUGUCAGGGUUAAGACCUCUUGGGAAUCCUGUGAUGUGAGUGUUGGUCCCAUUUUACAGCUGGAACAGGGAACCAUGGAGCUGUAUUUUGGUGAAUAUCAACACGUACAGCAGGAAUACGGUGUCCACUUGAGACUCGCAAGUGAUGAAAGCAAAAAAUCAAGGCAUUCCCAGCACUCGAAGGCAGGCUCCUAUGGUGUCAGUAUUAGGGUACAGGGCAUUGAUGGCCACCCAUACAUAGUCCUGAAUAACACGGAGCGGUGUCUAGCAAGCACUUCUUUUUCUGAAAAUGGGCCACCAUUUCCAUCUCCAGUGAUAGAUAACCUGCCUCUCCAUUCCAACAAUGGGCCUGUCCUAGAGGAGGACAGUGCCGAAGAAUUGCAGUUCCCAGAAAACCCAUAUGCCCAACCCAGCCCGAUAAGAAACCUGAAACCACCCUCUCUCCAUGAGGGCAAGAAUGGAGUUCUAGAGCGCAAAGAGGGGCCAACGAAGCCAUCCCACAUGCUGAACUUUCAGAGGCAUCCAGAGCUUUUGCAGCCCUACAACCCUGAAAAGAAUGAGUUGAACUUACAAAAUCACCAAACUCCUCCUGAGGGUAAUUGGCUAAAAACAUUAACAGCAGAAGGUACCAAUGAUAAGAAGCCUCGGACUUGCUUUCCCAAACCUAGCAGUUCCCAGCCCACAAGCCCUCCCCUGGAAGACCUGCCCAAAUCCAGCGUGACAGCUAUUCGCUUAUGCAGCUCUGUGGUCAUAGAUGACCCCAAGAAGCAGACCUCAGUGUGUGUAAAUGUUCAGAGCUGCGCCAAGGAAGGGGUGGAGGACGAGGCCCUUUCACAUGGCGAGAGAUCCCUAACUACCCACAACCCACACAUACACCAAGAAACCAAGAAAACCAGGCCAGACGUUCUCCCCUUCCGGAGACAAGAUUCAGCGGGACCUGUGCUGGAUGGAUCCCGGUCACGGAGGUCCUCCUCGUCGUCCACAACUCCCACCUCCGCCAACUCUUUGUACAGAUUUUUACUUGACGAUCAAGAAUGUGCCAUCCAUGCCGACAAUGUGAAUCGUCAUGAAAAUAGAAGGUAUAUCCCCUUCUUGCCAGGAACUGGGCGGGAUAUUGAUACGGGAUCAAUUCCUGGUGUGGAUCAGUUAAUUGAAAAAUUUGAUCAAAAGCCUGGGCUUCAGAGAAGAGGAAGGUCUGGGAAGCGAAACAGAAUCAAUCCAGAUGAUAGGAAAAGGUCCCGAAGUGUGGACAGUGCCUUUCCUUUUGGUCUCGAAGGGAACUCGGAGUAUCUAAACGAAUUCAGUAGGAAUCUGGGCAAGUCAAGUGAACACCUCCUCCGACCUUCCCAAGUGUGCCCACAGAAACCUCUGUCCCAGGAGCCCCGUGGGAAACAAAGCAUGGGCCGGACCUUUGCAAAGCUGCACGGAGCAACUCAAGCUGCUCACUGUGCCCACCCCAAGCCUCCCCAGCAGAACAAAGAUGGGAGAGCUCAAGAAAACAAAGGUAGUCAGCAAAGUAUGAUGAUACGGGCAUCCUCCUUCCCAGCACAGAGUAAAAAGGAGGAAGAAAUAAAAACAGCCACUGCUACGGUGAUGUUGCAGAAUCGGGCACCAGCAACUUUGCCUGAUUCUGGUGCCAAGAAAAUUUCAGUGAAGACUUUUCCUUCCACCGCAAAUACUCAGGCCACGCCAGAUCUGUUAAAAGGCCAACAAGAGCUCACUCAACAAACCAAUGAGGAGACAGCCAAGCAGAUACUUUACAAUUACCUCAAAGAAGGAAGCACCGAUAAUGAGGAUGCUACUAAAAGGAAGGUCAACCUUGUCUUCGAGAAAAUCCAGACUUUAAAGUCUCGAGCAGCAGGGAGCACACAAGGAAAUAAUCAAGCUUCUAAUUCUUCAACUGAAGUCAAAGAUCUAUUGGAACAGAAGAACAAGUUGACCACAGAAGUGGUUGAACUUCAGAGACAGCUUCAACUAGAAGUCAAGAAUCAACAGAACAUCAAAGAAGAGAGAGAGAGAAUGAGAGCAAACUUAGAAGAGCUCAAAAGCCAACAUGAAAAUAAGGUGGAAGAGAAUUCUAUGCUGCAAAAACGACUAGAAGAAAGUGAAGUAGAGCUCCGGAAAAACUUGGAGGAGUUGUUCCAGGUGAAGAUGGAACGUGAACAGCACCAGACUGAGAUCCGGGAUCUCCAGGACCAGCUCUCAGAAAUGCACGAUGAACUAGACAACGCCAAACGAUCCGAGGAUGGAGAGAAGGGGGCCCUGAUUGAGGAACUCUUACAGGCAAAACAGGAUCUGCAAGAUCUAUUGAUUGCCAAAGAGGAACAAGAAGAUCUCUUGAGGAAGCGGGAGCGUGAACUCACUGCCCUGAAGGGAGCCUUGAAAGAAGAGGUGUCCAGCCAUGAUCUGGAGAUGGACAAACUAAAGGAGCAGUACGAUGCUGAGCUGCGGGUCCUGAGAGAGAGUGUGGAAGAAGCCACCAAGAAUGUUGAGGUCCUGGCCAGUCGGAGCAAUGCAUCAGAGCAAACCCAGGAGGGGGCUGAAAAGCACGUGAAGGCUCUGAAGGAGGAGAAUGAGAGGCUGCAGGGAAGAAUUGGAGAGCUGGAGCAGAGCAUUGCCUGGCUUCAGAGGCAGAUUGAUGACAUGAAAAGCGAGGAAGUCAAAGCGAAGGAAACACUCAAGAAGUACGAGGGAGAAAAGCAGCAAUUAGAAGAGGCCCUUGUGCAUGCCACAAAGGAAGCAAGGGAAGCCACGUCAGCCCAGAGGACCCUGGAGAGUGAACUAGAGGAUGCUCAGAGAAAUCUGAGUCGGGCCACCCAGGAGCAGAAACAGUUGUCUGAGAAGUUAAAAGAUGAGACUGAGCAGAAGGAACAGUUAAGGAGGCUGAAGAAUGAAAUGGAGAACGAGCGGUGGCACCUGGACAAGACCAUUGAGAAACUGCAGAAGGAGAUGGCUGACAUCGUCGAGGCGUCCCGCACAUCAACACUGGAGCUCCAAAACCAGCUGGAUGAGUACAAGGAGAAAAAUCGCAGGGAACUUAUAGAAAUGCAAAGGCAGUUGAAGGAGAAAACCCUAGAGGCAGAAAAAUCUCGUCUGACAGCCAUGAAAAUGCAGGAUGAGAUGCGCUUGAUGGAGGAAGAGUUGCGGGACUACCAGAGAGCCCAGAAUGAAGCACUCACAAAAAGGCAGCUUUUGGAGCAGGCGCUGAAGGACCUGGAGUAUGAGCUGGAGGCCAAGAGCCACCUCAAGGAUGAGCGCAGCAGGCUCGUCAAGCAGAUGGAGGACAAGAUAUCUCAACUGGAAAUGGAACUGGAAGAAGAAAGAAACAACUCGGAUUUGCUGUCUGAGAGGAUCACUCGGAGCAGAGAACAGAUUGAGCAGAUGAGGAGUGAACUACUCCAGGAGAGAGCUGUGAGGCAAGACUUGGAGUGUGACAAGAUUUCCCUGGAGAGGCAGAACAAAGACUUAAAGAGCCGGAUUACCCACCUGGAAGGUUCCUACAGGUCCAACAAAGAGGGGCUGGUGGUGCAGAUGGAGGCCAGGAUCGUGGAGCUGGAGGACCGUCUGGAGAGUGAGGAGAGGGACCGGGCCAGCCUCCAGCUCAGCAACCGCAGGCUGGAGCGGAAAGUGAAGGAGCUGGUGAUGCAGGUGGAUGAUGAGCACCUGUCGCUGACCGAUCAGAAGGACCAGCUAAGCUUGCGCUUGAAAGCAAUGAAGCGACAAGUGGAGGAGGCCGAGGAGGAAAUCGACAGACUAGAAAGUUCCAAAAAGAAGCUGCAGCGGGAGCUGGAGGAACAGAUGGAUGUGAAUGAGCAGCUGCAGGGGCAGCUCAAUUCCCUGAAGAAAGACUUAAGACAUAAGAAGCUGCCGAGUAAAGUGCUGGAUGACAUGGACGACGAUGACGACCUCAGUACGGAAGGGGGCAGCCUCUACGAGGCACCGCUGAGCUACACCUUCCCCAAGGACAGCGCUGCUGCCAUCCAGAUCUGAGUCCGCCUGCAGGGCUCUCCAAGUGGUCCUUGGUUCACAGCAGGGAGCCCACAGCCACCCCAGGCAGAGGCGGGAGAGGGAGUGCCCACCUGGAGGGGAGACCCCUGCCUCAUUUAACGUGCCGGCUCCUCAGUGUUGCAUUCCUCCUUCGGGUCUCUAAGUGGUAGAGCGGCUCUUGUGUGGUGGGGAGCUGUUGCAUUUUAAAAUGUUGAUUAGCCUGGGAGAUAGGAGCCAUCACCCACCGGGAUGUUUUGAAGAAUAUGCUUUGGUAGGAUGAGGCCCCUCUUCUGCACCGCUGUUGGCCAUUACCAUUUGCAUUGCUGUUCCUGCUGCCCAGCCCCUCCCCCGGCCAAACAAGGGUCCAACACGCGAGUUAUGAUUUAAUAGCCAUUGUGCAGGGGGUAAAAUGAUGCAUAGGUUGUAAAUAUUUUAAACCAGACCUUUUCACGGACUGCUGCGGUUCCAUUUUGGAAUGCCACAGAUUGUAGGGUGGCUUCUUUGUAAAGUUCACACAUCUCUAUUGAGUAUUAUUUUUUUUAAAUAUGAAGCUACUGGGUUUUAAGUAUUAAGGAGUAGAGGUGAGAGAGAGGGUAGAAUAAAGACCACUUGGGAAAUUAGAGUUGGAAAAAAGAGAUUGUCUCAGUGACAAUAGACAAUACUGAGAAUUUUAAGUGGUCUUAGUAAACAACUUGCUGACAGGAAAAGAAAGGCAGAAGGUGAGUUGUAUCUGUGGGCUGCAUCUGUGGCCUUGGUUGCUUAUUUUAUCUAGAACUUUGUUAUAAUUUCUGAACCAUGUUAAGACCAAUUCUCAAUCACCAAUUCUAAUUUCCUUUAUACAGGUGGGGUAGGGGGUCUUGUAAGUAAGGUUUUUAACAAAUGGUGUGGUUUCUAGAAGGGUGGGGCCCUCUUGUCAUUUCUUAUUGGUCCUCUCCCCCCUCCACCCUCACUAGGGCUCCAAAUUGCACUCUCUCAACACGGAUGAGGUGGUUCCUGGAGGGUACAGGGGGCGAUCAUGAGCUUAGGUUGAGGAAGAGGUGGGAGGUGUCCAGUCAGGUCAUGGGGAAGGGGAGAGGAGAUAGCAGGUGUGUGUGGGACCAGGUGUGAGAAGGACGAGAGAGAAGUUUUCGAAAGCUGGGGGAUGUCUAGACAAGAGGUAGAUUGAGUAGGAUCUUAGGUUGAUGUCAGAGGAGAGAGAGGACAGAAAUAGUGAUCAGGCAGAUGUAUGUGCAAACUAAAAGGCUUCUUCCAACUUCCUAGAAAAAAAGCAGAUUGGCAGCACCAGGCAUGGGGUGACUGGGAACAGAUGAGGUCUCCCAGAAUUAUGGAGCGUGGCAUUGGGAGAAUGCUGGCCACCCAGCCCUUCCUCAUCUCACCUCGCACUAUGAGAGUUCCCAGGCACUCCGGAGGCCAGGGACUCCCCCAGGCCAGGGCCGGGGCAUGGGGCAGGCAGCUCAACAGGGGCCGUGUCCAGGCAGAGAGCCCUGGUAUUACAUACGUGUCUAGGGCAGAGAUGACAACGUCCAGCUGCUUUGGCAGUGUCCCCAAGCAUCCUAAAGAUGGAGGCCUGUGGCCUGGAGCUCCCCCGAUGGCCCAUGGGAAGCAGGGACUCUUAGUGCCCUACCUACCCCAGGUCGCGGCGCCCGCCCAAUAGGACUCAGAGUGAUCCACCCCUUUAAGGGUGCACACACUCCAGGUAGAUGAGGCCCGCGGAGCAGAAGAGCCAAGCUCUCCUCACCUCUGCUGUGGUCUCCGUCACCCCCACCACAGCUGGGGGUUUCUUGCUUUUUUUCACUUAUUUGGGAUGUGGAGUGAUUCCUCCCUUUAGGAAUUUACUUAGCAGAUUUUUUCUGAGCACCUACUAUGUGUCAGGCAUAAUCUUUGGCCCUGGAAAUAAAAAAGUUACAAUCCCUCCCUUCUGGAGCUCAGCCAGGGGAAAGGGGGUGAUGAUAGACAGCAGCCAAACACAUUGACACAGAGGCUAAGCAUCUCCACACUCAGCCCUGGAGCCCCUCUGUUCUCUGGGGACACGACAAGCCUGUGGUUGGCCUACUGGCUCACUGGAACUCAUGGUUUUUCGAUCCUCAGUAUGUUGUUCUUAAUUUCCCUGCUGCUUCUGCUGUCAUUCGAUAUUUGCCAAUAAACCUGCCUAGAAAUGCCUCUGCCCACUCAUAAUUAGAGGAUCAAGAUGAGAAAGGUCAGCAGGCCCAAGAAUUUUGUGAGUCAGUUUCUGGUUUUGAUUUGUGAGAAAUAGCUACCCCUCGUUCUGGUUAAUUCCUUCUGGUAGCCAGGAGGCUGGCUGUAAGAAGCCAAACUGCCCUUUCAAAGAGAACAGAGGUCACCAUCAAAAGAGUUGCACUGUAACCCUAAGACUAGGCUGUUUAAAUUUUUACACAUGUGCUAUCCUAUGUUGUAGCAGAGUUGGCAAUGAGCGAGGUAUAUUUAGUUAUAGUGAGGUGGAAGAACUUUGGACUGGGAGGUGAGCGAGGUGUUUUCAAGUCUUGGCUCUUGUUCUCACCUGGCUGAUCUUGGCGGGGCGCUCACUCUCAGAGCUGCAGAUUGCCCAGGGACAAAAGGAGCAUUGGCCUCAAAAUCCUUUUCAGCUCUAAUAUGCAUUUAUUCUUCAAUUUUAUUAAAUAUAUAUAUAUAUAUUUCCUGUUUAUUGCUUUAUGAACUAAUCCUGCUCAAGGGUAUUUUCUUUAGCUAGCCUUAAAAAUAUAUUUUAUUUAAAAAACAAAUACCUGGACAGAUGCAAUGCUGAGGAGACAAUCAUUAUAUAUCUUUUGUAAUUUUUUUUUCCUAUUUCUGAAUGUCAUUCUCCAAUGCUGAGAGGCUUAUUCUGUUGGGUCCCUGCUUUCAGGUAUGGUUUCAUUGCUUUGGUUUGUCAUGGAGAAUAGACAUUCUUAUUGCAGCUUUCCAUGUAAGUGAGUUCCUGUACAAAGAAGAUUGCCUUUCAAUAAAGUAUCGCCCAACUGGAA